GGAAGCAAUUAAUGCGCCUCACGUGCCACAUUUCAAGUUAUGAUUGUCAUAACAUUAGGAAGAGAAAAGGGGCUGCGCAGAAUUGUGCAAACGUAAAAGGGGAAUUGUUGGCACGUUCGUUGAGGAAAUUUUGGGUGUCGACUGGAAGUGCAGCUUACGUCAGGCAUUGGCUCACACUUGGCCAGGUUUGGCCAGCGGUUGCCACAAUGCACAUGACCACGACAAUGCUGGGCGAUGGGAAAAGCGUUUAAAACCCGGUCGCCAACGCAGCUAGAGACAGUUCAGAAAGUGACAGCGUUCCAACAGUAUCCAUCCAUCUAAUCCAAGCUUAAACAUGGCCCUAUUCAAGUGCAUUAUCGUGAGCUGUGCUCUCUUCGCCAUCGUCGAAAGUGCCUUGUUGCCUGCUGUUCCCAUCAAUACCGAGAUUGAUCCACAUCCUCAGUAUGCCUACGCCUAUAAUGUGCAGGAUGCAAUCACCGGCGAUAGCAAGAGCCAGCAGGAGGUGAGGGAUGGCGAUGUUGUCAAGGGCUCCUACUCUGUGGUCGAUGCCGAUGGAUCAUUGCGUACCGUCUUCUACACUGCGGAUCCCAUCAAUGGCUUCAAUGCUGUGGUGCAACGUGGCCCAGUUCCAGUCCCAGUUGCAGCUCCAGUUGCUGCUCCAGUAGUGGCUGCCCGUCCAUUCCUGGGCUAGAGCAGCAAACAGCUGCCAUGUAAAGUACACUCAACACACCCAGAGUUGAUCUUAGCCUGUAGAUAAGUUAUUGUCUGUUCUGUAGAUCUAACCACACUCAUAAAUCAGUUAAUAAAUCCAGUUAGCCAAAGAGAACAAGCACGACGCACACCUAAUUGCCGGACACCUGGUUAUGGAUUAUGGAUUGUGAAUCGAGCAACUUGCGAAUUAUACUCGUAUUGCGCUGACAAAUGGUCUUGGGUUUUAGCUCUGACUUAGCAAUCGACGGGAGAUCUGUAUCGCUUUGCGGAUCUAACUGAGGAGCUGGUCCGUUCCUUUGCUGGGUUAUUAACAGUCUCAAAUAAAUUGUGAUGAUUUUCACAUUUAUUUGGGC